AUGUUUCAAGAUAGAAAUCGAACAAUAGUUCAUGCAAAUGAUGAUAAUGAAUAUUUUAUUGAUAGAAAUGGACAUGCAUUUCGUUACAUUUUAGAAUUUUAUCGUAAUGGUGAAGUUAUAUGGCCAAAUGAAAGCUUUUUGGAAAAUGAUACUAACUCAGCAUAUGUAUCUCGAUGUGAACUACUUAAAGAAUUUGAUUAUUUUCAAAUUCCAUUUGAAAUUCCGGAAGCUUUACCUACGAGUCAGAUGUUGGCUAAAAGACUUGACGGAUUUAUGAAUGCUUUAUUAGAAUGCUCUUUUGAUAUAAAGUUCGCUUUUAGAACUUAUAUGAGUAUUAAAUUUUAUGAUUAUUCCAUAUCAGGUGAAGAGAAUCAUCCUACAAUGCUUGUUGUUAAUCCGUACAUUAAUAGUGCAUACAAAAAGCUAAGACCUUUUGAAUCCUGCGGAUACACACUGUCGAUUUAUUUCAAAGAAGAAAUUAAUGCUUUUAUGAGAGCCUCUUUAUCAAAAUUAUCUUGUGAUAUUAGGAAGGUGAAAAGUCCUGAUUGUGUAGUAAUAAGAAUGUAUAUUCGUGAUAAUAUUGAUUGUGAAGAAAUUCUUAAACAUUCUGCUUAUAAAAAACUAUUGGUAUAA